AUGUCUAUUCCAAAGACGCAAUGGGCCCAGGUCCUGGAGCGUGACGAUGGGAAGGUGGUCUAUAAGGAGAUUCCCGUGCGAGAGCCAGGUCCGGACGAGGUUCUCGUAAACAUCAAGUACUCUGGUGUUUGCCAUACAGAUUUGCAUGCGGUAAAAGGGGACUGGCCUCUUCCUCGGAAACUGCCUCUAGUUGGUGGUCACGAAGGUGCUGGGGUUGUUGUGGCUAAGGGUGCCUUGGCCACUGGUAUUGAAGUCGGUGAUCAUGCUGGUGUCAAAUGGCUUAAUGGAUCCUGCCUAGCAUGCGAGUUCUGCCGCAAGUCCGACGAGCCGCUAUGUGCCGAAGCUUUACUGUCUGGAUAUACAGCCGACGGAACCUUCCAACAGUAUUGCAUUGCUAAAGCCGCACAUGUUUCUAAAAUUCCAAAACAUGUGGCGUUGGAUGCCAUUGCCCCAGUACUCUGCGCUGGUGUUACAGUCUACAAGGGGCUUAAAGAAUCAGGAGCACGUCCAGGAGAAACUGUGGCAAUAGUGGGAGCUGGAGGCGGCUUGGGAUCACUUGCCCAGCAAUAUGCAAAGGCAAUGGGCCUUCGCAUCGUGGCCAUUGACGGCGGAGAGGAGAAGAGGUCUAUGUGUGAAGCACUAGGAGCAGAGGCAUACGUCGACUUCACCAAAUCUACAGACUUAGUCAAGGAUGUACAAAAGGCCACACCGGAUGGUUUGGGUCCUCAUGCCGUCCUUCUAGUUGCUGUUUCGGAACUACCCUUCCAACAAGCCGCACACUAUGUUCGCUCACGUGGAACCAUUGUGGCAAUCGGUCUACCAGCCAAUGCCUUUCUUAAAGCUCCCGUAUUCAAUACUGUCGUGCGCAUGAUCACCAUUAAAGGAAGCUAUGUUGGUAACAGACAGGACGGAGAUGAAGCAAUCGAUUUCUUUGCUCGAGGUCUUAUCAAGGCGCCUUUUAAGACAGUUCCGUUAUCGGAACUAGGCAAAGUUUAUGAAUUGAUGGAACAAGGCAAGAUUGCAGGUCGCUAUGUGCUGGAAAUGCCACAUUAG